ACGCGAGCAAAUUGGGCGUUCUCAUACCACACUCCACUGCUUGUCGAGUUGUGAGUAUUUGGCCACACGGAAAGAUCAGGCUUUGCUUUGCUUUGUGUGAGAUCUGAAGAAGAGAGGUAUGGCAAAAAGGGUCUUCUUGUACAAGGAUUUGGUUCCUUUUGGGGCCAUGGUGACCAUGGAAUGCCUCAACGUAGCCUUGAAUACUCUGUUCAAAGCAGCUACCUUGAGAGGGAUGAGUUACCAUGUCUUUGUUGUUUAUGCUUAUGCUGUUGCUGCUAUUGUUCUCAUUCCUGGACCCUUUAUCUCCCAAAGGUGCAGAUCAAGAGUGCUUCCUCCGCUUAGUUUCCCCCUACUACGCAAAAUUGGUCUUCUCGGGCUAAUAGGGUGUGCUUCUCAGAUCGUGGGAUACACAGGCAUCAGUUUCAGUUCCCCCACUCUCUCCUCGGCUAUAAGCAACUUGGUGCCCGCUUUUACUUUUUUGCUUGCCAUCAUUUUCAGGAUGGAAAAGGUGAUUGUAAGAAAUACAACUUGUCAAGCCAAGGUAUUGGGUACCAUAGUAUCAAUAACUGGAGCAUUCGUAGUGACCUUCUACAAAGGACCACCAAUCAUCAUUGUUCAUACACCUUCCUUGUCACUUCAUCAACCAAUUAACACUCUGAAUUCGGUAGAUCGAAGUUGGGCAAUUGGUGGCCUUCUACUGACAGCAGAGUAUAUUCUGGUUCCAUUAUGGUACAUUGUACAGGUGCAAAUCAUGAAGGUGUACCCCAAUGAACUAACUGUGAUCUUCUUUUACAAUUUAUGUGUAACCAUCAUGGCUGCAAUUGUAGCUAUAUUUACAGAGACAAAUGCAGGAGCUUGGAAAAUAGGAUUAGAUACAGCAUUGGCUUCAAUAGUUUGCUCUGGAAUUUUUGGUUCAUUUGUGAACAACGCAGUUCACACAUGGGUACUACGUAUAAAGGGUCCUGUCUAUGUGGCAAUGUUCAAGCCACUCUCAAUUGCCAUAGCUGUUGCCUUGGGAGUCAUGUUCCUGGGUGAUACACUCCACCUUGGAAGUCUAGUGGGAGCCACAGUAAUAUCGAUCGGAUUUUAUACAGUAAUGUGGGGAAAAGCAACCGAAGAGAAUGUGGACGAAGAUGUCCCUGGCCAGCAAUCACCACCAACCACAGAGAAUGUUCCUCUCUUGCAAAGCUAUAAAACUGAUACAGCUGAAAAGAAAAUGCAUGGAAGUGUAUAAAUGACAAACAAAACUGUUGAUAAAUCUUAACAUUAUUGAAAUUACACGAAUAGCAAAGCAAAUACAUGGUUUUGUUUUCGCCCAAGCUAACCCUGUAACGCCAAUAGCAAUUAGCAAAGUAGGUACCCACGCCUUUAGAGUGUAGAGGACAUCAUAUGUAAGAAAUAGUUCAAGGGUUCAACUGAUCUCCUUUCGCCAAGGAACAUAAACGAAUCUUUAUACAAAUUAGGGAGCAACCUAUCUACAAGUUUGUGUACGAACACUCACAGAUGAAAACGGAGCAACUUCGUUAUCUGUCUUCCCUUUUCCUGUCUCUUGUAACAAGUCAUCCAUAUUAUGAUUUAUAGAAGCUGCGUGAUUCUUUAA